AUGGGCGACGCUGUGCUGCGUGUCCACAGCCGCUUGCAGCUGUUGGCGCGCGAGAACUGGUCGGCGCUGGAGGAGAGCCACGUGCGCAACGUGACAUGGCUUCGGGAGGAGCUGGCGCAGCUCUCUCGCUCGCUGGACGUCCAGGCGCGUCUCGAGCCUUCGCGACGAGGACCGGCGGGGCCCCCACAUGGAGGUCGUGACGACAGUUGGGGCGUUGCUGGACCAGAAUGGAAGAAACAGAAGGCAGAGACAGUGACAGUGACAGAAGUUACGGUACCUAGUGCUACUGCUGGUGCUGCUGGUGGUGGUGGUACGUCGUGUCAACAAGAAGCAACAACGAGGCUAUCGAUGCGGCUACGAGCCAGACCGACGAGCACAGACGCCGCUGUGGGUGCUGCUGCGAAGCAAACGAGGAAACGCGGGCGCUCGUCUGCGAUGCUGCUGCAAAACCCGGGAAAGCUCAAGGUCACGGAGCUGCGGUCCGAGCUACGAGAGAGAGGACUGAGGACUAGUGGGCUGAAAGCCGCAUUGUUUGACCGACUGUUGAACGCGCUAGAGAAGGAGCAGAAAGAGGACCGUGACCGUUUGAACUCGGUAAAAGAAAUGGGAACGCACGAGGCGCAAGGUGCCGUGACGAUUGUGAUUGACGACGAUAGCGAUGGAGAGGAGAUAGUGCGCGAGAGUGUCGGGUCCAAUAAGUCGCAAAGGAGUGUCGUGGGAAGUCAGUCGACGUCUCCAAAAGCUGGAGCUGAGAAGGCGAAAACUAUGGGAGAAUCUUCAGCUGUUGCGGACGAUAGACGAACCACGUCCCCGCUGCCAACGAGUGGAUUAUAUGAUGAAUUUGAGUCAAACGCAGGGUCUGCUGAGCAGACAGAAGACGUGAUAAUGUCAAGUGAAGCAGACCUAUCGACUGAUACCGCGGAAGAACAGCAGCGUUCUGUCGAGGUCCACAGUGUUAGUCUCGCCUACGGUCAUCUCUGA